AUGUUCUACAACGAAACUGCUGCAAGCCCAAGCCCUCGCGGCACGACUGUAAGUGGCAUGAUGAACAACAACAACCCCACGACAGUCAUGUCAAACUCAAACAUGCAAAUGAUCUCUCCGGAACUACUCCCCCAGAAGGACGACCCGACCACGUUUGGAGAUGGUACUACUACCGGCGCCCUCGCCGGUAGUGAUUCGCGGUACACAAAUUCAGCUAUUGAUGUGAGCAAACAACAGCCAACAAUAGAGAACAAUCAGGUUCAGGCUGCUCCAAUAAAUCAUUCGCUCGCGGCGCGCGACAGCCUGGCCAGCAACCGCGAAGUUGCGCACGCGAAGAAACAGAGCGAGUACCCGCACCGGCUCGAGUCCAUUGUCGACCGCGAGAAGUGGAUCGCGCAGCGACGGUGCGUUCUGGGUCUGCGGUUCUGCUUGUUGCGCGACUUGUUGGAGGUUCACGAGAACCAAGAAAGGUUGUUAUUCCUUCAGGAGGAGCUCCUUCACUGGGUGUGGAGACUGGACCACUGCGUCUCGAAACCGUGGCAGCCGAACCAAUUCGAUUUCUUCGACACCGAUAGAUUCUCCUCCGGGGGGAUAAGUGCGGCCACAGCAGGUGGGGGGCGAGGGACGAGUAGUGGAGCUCCUGCUGCUACUGGCGCAGGAGCAGGCUCUAGCGGAGGUCCUACAACCAGCACUAAGGGUGAGCAGAAGAGGAGCCAAAAGACGCAAGGCGAACAAGAACUACUGCCCGACAAUACUGCAGCUGCGUCUGCCGGUAUAAUCCCCGCGAAUUUCCAAAACCUCCCACCACAGAUGCUCUCCGGCCGGUUUUCCGAAGAUUCCACGUUGGCGACCAAUCAAUACCAGGCGACAAAGACGCAGCAGAGCAACAUGGGCGGUGGAGUCGGCCCGGAUGAUUUUGAUUUCGACGCAGCAGGAGAGCGGCUUUCUUCCGCAGCGGUCGGUGGUGCACAGUUGUCGAACGCAACAAGCACUUCUUCCGCCUCCAACGACCCCGCACAUUUGGCCGCGUCGGAAACCAACCCAACGAAUCUUUUGCUUCCGGUGGCUAGGCAAAAGUACCUGCAGUUAAUGAAAAACAAUGUGACUACUUCUGUAGUAACAAAGCAGCCGCUGUUGAAGGUUUUUCUCGAGUUGAUUCUGCAAAACAAGGAAAAGACCUACCUCUUCUUCAACGCGGACCUCCGCGCGAAGUGCCACAAGUUCCGCGACCACCUGGCGAAGUCCGCGAUUCUGGAGAAGAUUGGCGGGCGGAACAGCUACUUCAUCGAGAACCCGAUUGGCGGGAAGACGAACAGCGGAAAGGUGACUACGAGCUCCCUCGACUUCACCCAGCAACUGUCCAAACUACACCAGCUCGCGAAGGACAACCAACACAACACGUUAGCCCACUUCUUGAACAACACGAGAAAGUAUCUCGGCCCCCGGUCCCAGGAAAUCGAGCUGUUUAAAGCGUCCGCCAAGGCGAGCAGCCAGGCGAAAUCUCUGAAAUCCGGGAUCCACAAGACCAUCGCGAUGCCCACGACCAACGCGUUCGGGGUGAAAUAUUCGCAGAUGGACGUGACGAAUUCCGAUAUCAUGUUCCACGCGUCGGCGCUACGAUCCCUUGAACGGGAUUGUUCCGGCAAGACAAACGCCCAGAACGAAAUCAAGCACGGCCCGGACGAUUUUUUGAACCCCGGACACCACUACGGCACGGCGGGGUUCGGGGGGAGUAGCACGAAGGCCUUUGUGGCCGCUUCGGGCAGCGGCAUCGAGGCGAGCACGGCGCUAGGCGAAACGAGCACAACCGCUCGCCUGUCCGCGGCCGAGCGGGCGGCUUUUCCAUCCGCCGGCCUGUCUGCGGCGGAACUGGAGUUGAGAAUGUCGGACAAGUUCACUUCUGCGGUGCUGUCCGGGGGGAGCUCCGGGAAGGAAUUUUUGUCGAAUAACACCAACCUCCGGGGGUCGGAGCUCAGCCGCAGGACGGCCACCUUGCAGAAACAGGAGCACAGUUUGAUGAUGAGCGCUUUGCAGGAUUUCAAGCAGGGCAUCGUCGGGGCAGGAUCCGGCUCUACUGCUAGUGCACAGAAUACUAGCAAUAAUUCCUUCAUCACUGCCGACAUCAAGUCCUUGCACACUGGUACUUCUACCGGAGCAGGUGGGUCUUCCACUUCUUCCAAUUUCGAUCAGACACAGUCGCACUUUGACAAACUCUACGCCGACGCGUUCCGGCGGACCGCGGUGAUUGCCGGGAACCGGAUGGUGAUGCAGGAACUGAAACUCCAGUCUUCGAAGGAAGAGAACCGGGAGUUGAGCAAAAAGAACAACGAAAUUGCGAUGCGAAUGUGCAAGGAGAUCCAGGAAUUGUUCCCCAACGACAACGUCCCCGCGCCGCACAACUGGCACCAAGUGCCGAACGAGACGCGACAAAAGUGGUUCGCGGCCCUGCACAAGAAGCGGGACGAGAAGCAGCGGGAGUUGCACAAGAAACACAAGGAGCGGAGAGAGAGUUUGUUGCAGAAGGAGAAAGAAAAAUUAGAGGAGAAGGAGAAGCAAAGGCUACAGUCGAAAAAAUCCCACAUCGGCGACAUGUCGCAGCACAAGGCGACGUUUGAUUUGAAGUACGAGGAAAACUGCACGAAGUACCGGGAACGGAGACUGGCGGACGCCGACGAAAUUCGGCUGAAGCAGCGGUUGGAAGAGAAAGAAUUGAAAGAGUUCUGCACCUUCAAACCGCAGAUAAACAAAAGAAGGGCAUCUUUUAGAAGGAGCAACAAACAGCAAUCUGGACGAGGUGGAACAACUAAUAAAGAGGAGGACGAGGAUAAUCCGAUUAAAAACGAUGACGACGCGGAGCAAGAAUUCGAGCCGCCACCCGAGCGCAUGCCGAAGUCCACGCGGAAGGCGGAAGCCUACAACGAGCGGCGCAUUCUCAUCGAGCGGCAAAACAAACUCAAGCGGGAGAUUGAGCACCGGGGCGAGUUUGGUUUCGUGGAAAUCUACGACGAGAGUCUGCUGCAGUGGUCGCGGUCCAACUACGACAAGUUGAAAAAACGGAAGGGCGGCGUGCGCGGCCUGGUCAGCUCCGGCCUGAACCAGGAGAGAAGUCGGGGGAGGUCGGCGCCCGGGAAAGAGAGUAGCACGCAGAAAGGCAAAAACCGGGGGAGUCGGUCGGUGGAUGAGUUCGAGGAAGAAGUAGAAAAUGAGGAGCAAAAUGAUGACAAGAAGAACUACCGACAAACCGCACGAAAAUCCUUGUCGGAGAUGAUUUCGGUCCCGAAAUUCACGCCCAACAUCCGGUCGGCCCCCAACGAAAACAAAGUUUGGCCGCUCAGUGAGAAGUACCGGAAUCCGGUGCAGGUCGGCCACGAGCGGAUCACGUUUACCAAUGAGGACAACAAGAGGAGAAUGGACGAGGCGGACUUCGUGGACCGGUUGUACUACUUCGAUUUGCUCGCAAAGAUGGAAAAGGGAAACGCGACGCUAAGGGACAAAAAACUCACCGCGGAUGAUCUAUUCGCGGCGGUUGAGGAGGAAGAAAGUGGUGGAGAGAUAGAGAAGCAACGGGCCGCGGAGAAGUAG